AUGGCAUGGAACAAUGCUCAAGGAAUGGGUUCAUACGCGCUGGAGGAUCUGUAUAAUUUACCAGAAUACAAUCGCAAGGCGAUUCUGCGUCAACUCCUAGUGCAAGCCGAUCCUGUCAUCAUUCAUCCGUUAUUCGAGCCGGAUGACUUUAAUCCAGAUGUCUCCUCGGGGCUUCUGCUGCUCCAAGAGCUUACGAGGAGAACUGACAAGCUGGGAACGAUCCUAGGGGUAGAAGCUAAGGAGAUAUACUACGGAGAGAACGAGUUCCUGGUUUGGUGGGAUGGCCUUCACGCAUUUAUGCACCCUCCUGGAAGCGGAGUGAAUAAUAGCAGUGAGAUUGGGAGAAUGGUGCGCAAGAUUGUUGUACGCUAUGAUAUGCGCGACAUGGAUGACAAAGGAAGCCAUUUGGCGACAGAGCUGAAACGAAUGUUCGAACUGACCAGAGCUGAGCAUGUUGCGAUCGAACUUCUGGGCAGCGGAACAGUCGAAGGAAGCGAUUUUGCGACACAGGCGGUCAUACAAGGCAUUGCAGCCAUCGUCGGGGCUCUGAUACGCUAUUUCGGCGACGCCUUUACCAUACGAAAAGCUCUUGGAGGGUGGGUUCUUCUGGGUACCGAGAGUUUCUCAUGCUUUCGCUCGUACUGGGACUCUCCUUCGGAAUCCGCGAGGGAGAGAGCGAGCAGGAGCGAGGCGAGCUUCGAAGAACUCAUGCAAAUUCAGGUCAAUCGUUGGAUAGGCGAACACAGCAUGACGGAGCCAAGGUCACAAUUUCUAGACCACGGGCGUGGGCAGACGUUCCUCACCGCCGAUCUUGGUCGGUGGCCAGCCUGGAGCCAAAACAUAUCCCCAGUCCUGCCAUUUAAGCAAUAA